AUUUGUAUGUUUCUUCUUCCUGCGCCAAAAGUGACAAUUUAUUAAGAUGCGGAGGUCUGCAGCUCCGAGCCAACUCAGCGGCAACGCAGCAAAACGAUUCAAAUUCGUCCCACCGGGGAGCAGACUUCUGCAGAGGAACGAGAUCCCCCGUGAAAGUGGUGAUAAUAAGAACUCCUUGCUGCGAUCCAAAGCAUUGCUCACAACAUGCAAACAGCUUCAGACCAACCCUUCCCUCGAAUCCUCAGGAAAUGGGAAUGAACAUGGUUAUUUGGAAACAUCUAAAUCGGAUCAUCUGACCACCACAACUGGUUUUUCUGCUGAGUUUCCAAGUGCAAACCAAGCUGAUGGUCCCUCUCCCCAGAGACAAUUGAAACCAUCUCAACCAUUUGCAGUACCGAAACGACUUCAUGUAUCGCAGCCAGUAGCAUCGCAUCAGCCAUCUAGAUUCACAAAACACAACGAAGAAAAUGAACCUGACGUGAUCACUGCGUACUACAGUGUCAUGUGGUGUAAACAAUCAAAGAAGAAGCACAAGAAAUGGGAGGGAGACGCCAUUUUGAUUGUUAGAAAAACAUCUGUGUUUCUCAAGGACACAGAAGGCAAAGACAUUGGAAAAGGAACAGGAUACAAAUUAAAAGAACUCGCAAGUCUUUCUGAGGGCCAGACUUUAUUUGUCAGUGGAAAGGAGAUUGAGAUUAUGGGAACAAUUUCAACAGAGGACUUUAUGAGUGGUUGCUGUUUCAACGCCGCCUCUACUGCUGCUUCUUCAGACCCGUCACUGGCGAACUCCUUGCAACAGCCUUUGCUGAAACAGUUUACCACCCCGUUGAGAGAUGCCUCUGGAUUCAGCCAAGUUGAAGGCCUGAAAAAACCCUCUGUGGACUGUAAACCAAGGCACGAUCCAACUUCACCAAAUGCUUUAGUAAUGCCACGACCAAAUCUGAGCCACCAGUGGAUGUUUAAUAAAACCAAUCUGCCACUGGUAGAUGUGGUGGUGGACCCUUAUCUCACCAUUCACUUUCGACCGCACCAGAGGGAUGGUGUGAUUUUCCUUUACGAGUGUAUAAUGGGAAUGAGAGCAUCUGGCAGAUUUGGUGCUAUUCUGGCGGAUGAAAUGGGUCUGGGGAAGACCCUACAGUGUAUAGCACUGAUUUGGACUCUCAUGCGACAAGGACCUUACGGGAACAAACCUGCCAUCAAGAAGACCCUUGUAGUCACACCAGGGAGCCUGGUAAAAAACUGGGUGAGAGAGUUCCAGAAGUGGCUUGGUCUGGAGAGGUUAAAGGUGUUUGCAGUCGAUCAGGAUCACAAAAUAGAAGAGUUCAUCACUUCGCCGCUUUACCCUGUUCUCAUCAUUAGCUAUGAGAUGUUGCUGCGCUGCCGGGAUCCAAUUCAGAACUUGCAAUUUAAUCUAUUAAUAUGUGAUGAAGGGCACCGUUUAAAAAAUAGCUCCAUCAAGACAUCCACCGCAAUUCUCAGCCUGUCUUGUGAGAAAAGAGUGAUUCUCACUGGUACACCAAUACAAAAUGACCUUCAAGAGUUCUACUCUCUGGUAGAAUUUGUGAAUCCAGGUGUUCUUGGAUCCUCAUCCACCUACAAAAAGAUCUAUGAGGAACCCAUCAUCCGAUCACAGCAGCCCUCUGCAGCUAAAGAUGAAAAGCAGCUGGGUGAAGAAAGGGCAACGGAGCUCUGCCGAUUAACUGGCCUCUUCAUACUUCGGCGCACACAAGACAUCAUUAACAAUUACCUCCCUCCAAAGACUGAAUGGAUUAUCUUCUGUCGGCCAGCCGCACUGCAGCUUGAACUCUACCACAAGCUACUGUCGUCUCGUGCAGUGAAAUCUUUCCUACAGGGAAAGCUGGACAGCAGUCUCCACUUAAUAUGCAUAGGCUUACUGAAAAAACUCUGCAACCACCCUACGCUUCUCUUUAAUACAAUAAAGCAACAUGAGAAAGACUCCGUAAAACCUGAUAUUGACCAACAGUUGGAAACCAGCCCGUACAGAGAUCUGACCAGCAUCUUUCCGAUGAGCUACCAACCAGAUGCAUUAAUUGCAAAUAAUUCAGGGAAACUAAAUGUACUGAAAGAUCUUUUAGCCGGUAUUCAUGCAAUGAGUUCAGCGGAGAGAGUUGUGUUGGUUUCAAAUUACACUCAGACGUUGGACAUCUUGCAAGAAAUGUGCAACUUAUUUGGAUACAGCUAUACUCGACUGGAUGGGCAUACUCCUGUCAGCCACCGACAGCAGAUUGUGGAAUCCUUUAACAGCAGGCACAACGAAAAAUUUAUCUUCUUGCUCAGCUCAAAGGCAGGAGGAGUUGGACUAAACCUGAUUGGAGCAUCUCGUUUAAUUCUGUAUGAUAUCGACUGGAAUCCAGCAAAUGAUGUUCAGGCGAUGGCUAGAAUAUGGAGGGACGGUCAGAGGAGGCCUGUGCACACUUACAGACUACUAACUACAGGGACUAUCGAGGAGAAAAUCUACCAAAGGCAAAUCAGUAAGCAGAGUUUGUCUGGGGCUGUGGUGGACAUGAAGAAGAAGAGAGAGCACGCCAGCUUUUCGCUGGAAGAACUUAGAAAUCUUUUUGAAUUAGAUGAAGGCUCCGAUUGUCUUACCCACGAUCUCCUCUCCUGCGACUGCUUGAGAAAUGGAGAGUUGCCAGCGAUCGCCGCUAAAAGGUCUCUGUCGGCCAGAACCUGUCAACUGGGUUUGAAUUCGGAGGCGGUCGAUUCCCAGGAAAACCUCUCCAUGUCAGAGCUCAUGCAGUGGAAACACUACUCGGGAGAAACUCAACACUUUCCCGAUCCUUAUCUUGAAAGAGCAAAGGAAAAUAUAACCUUUAUGUUUCAGAACACGACAAGAUCACAGAACGUAAUCAAUUGAGCAAAAAAUACCUGCGAUGGAGAAUCUCUUGUAAUUUUGCUGACUUUCACUUCGAAGCUUGGUAGAUUCUGUACGAACGUGGAUUUACUCAAUCCUGACCUCAGUCCAUGGGACCUUUAAUGUUUAGGAAGGAACUGCAGGUGCUGGUUUGCACCGAAGAUAGACACAAAAAAGCAGGAGUAACUCAGCGGGUCAGACAGCAUCCCUGGAGUAAAGGAAUAGGUAACGUUUUGGGUGGAGACCCUUCUUCAAUCUGAAUAGCACGAUUCCACAAAAUGCUGGAGUAACUCAUUGAGUCAGGCAGCAUCUCCGGAGAACAUGGAGUCUGAAGAAGGGUCCUGACCCAAAAGGUCACCUCUUCCCUUUCUCCAUUCUUUGAGUGUAGAAGAUUGUGGGGGAUCUUAUUGAAGACCAGCAAACCUUUAGCCGAAAUGUCAUCUACAGUAUUGUUUUUCUCCAGAGAUGUUGUCUGACCCGCUGAGUUACUCCAGCUUUUUGUGUCUAUCUUCAGACUUUUAAUGAUGUUGUUCUUCACGGCUGUGAAUAGCUACGCAGUGUUGGUGUUCCUCAGCCUGGGCAGAGACAAAAUAAGGAAGCAAGGAACUGCAAAUGCUGGUUUCCACAACAUGACGCAAGGUGCUGGAGUAGCUCAGGGAGCAUCUCUGGAGAACAUGGAGUCUGAGGAAGGGUCCUGACCCAAAACAUCACCUAUCCAUGUUCUCCAGAGAUGACGCCUGAGCCGCUGAGUUACUCCAGCACUUUGAGUCCUUUCAGAUACAAAGGACUUUCAGAUACAAAGGACAAAGGUUUUUGUCUGUACCAAAAACAUCUUCCAAUGGAAGAUAGACGCAAAAUGCUGGAGAAACUCAGCGGGUCAGGCAGCGGGUCAUCCAGCAUCUCUGGAUAGAAGGAAUUGUUGACGCUUCAGAGUGCGGAAGGGUCUCAACCCGAAACGGCACCCAUUCCUUCUAUCUAGAGAUGCCGCCUGUCCUGCUGAGUUACUCCAGCAUUUUGUGUCUAUCUGUGGUGUAAUCCAGCAUCUGCAGUUCCUUCCUGCAUAUCCUUCAAUCUGAUUGACCUAAAGCAUUUCUCAGAUCCGUCACACUUACUACAGGCGUGAGAAGUGACGCAUGAUCAAUUUGACCAAGGUUAUGUGAAGCUUUGGCCGUUUCACCCAGCUCCUUCGACACUGCACACAACAAAAGCACAGGCUCAGAAAUGAAUCACAAUCGCCAAAAAAAAACCACAUUGUCAUAUUUUAAAUGUCAUCGGCAAUGACUGAAUGCACUUUUCCUUGCAUGCAGCUAACAAGCAGUGACAAUCUCCAGAGAUUAAUCUUCCCAUUGGCUCCUAGUUUACCCCCAUCUGGGGAGGUGAAAUACCAUAAUCAUUUCAGCCUUGUGCUAUCUUUCCCCAGCUUUGAUAUUAAGUGGCAACGGUGGAGUUGCUGCCUCACAGCGCCAGAGACCCGGGUUCGAUCCAGACUCCAGGCGCUGUCUGUACGGAGUUUGUACGUUCUGCGUGGGUUUUCUCCGAGAUCUUCGGUUUCCUCCCGCACUCCAAAGACGUACAGGUUUGUAGCUUCAUGGCUUGGUAUGAAUGCAAAAUUGUCCCUAGUGUGUGUAGGACAGUGUUAAUGUGCGGGGGUCGCUGGUCGGCGCGGACUAGGUGGGCCGAAGUGCCUGUUUCCGCGUUGUAUCUCUAAACUGAACUAAAUCUGGUUUGUAUUGUUGCAUAACAACUUAGCAAGAUAUUUGGCAUCCGACCACACAUUCGUCUCUUGCUCAGAAUGCAGGUGUUUGGCUAGAUUCCCAUCAAAUCUGGUGACCACAUUGUAAUAAUUGUGUUAUGUUAUGUUAUGCACAUGAGUUCUCUUGUGGCCGUUUGUGGCAUUUCUUUUGAAACAGGCGUUAAAUAAACUUGUUGAAGUAAAAUACUUUGCUUGCUUGCUGGGAAGGUACAGCGGUAGAGUUGCUGCCUUACAGCGCCAGAGACCCGGGUUCGAUCCUGGCUACGGGUACCACAGAGUUUGCGCGUUCUCCCCGUGACCGCGUGGGUUUUCUCCGGGUUCUCUGGUUUCCUCCCACACUCCACACAAGGGAGAGGAAAUGCAGGGGUUAUGUGAAGUUAGAGAAAUCAACGUUCAAAGCUGCCCAAGCGAAAUAUGAGGCGCUGUUCCUCCAACCUGCAUGUGACCUCCCACUGACAGUGGAGGAGGCUCAGGACAGAAAGGUUAGUGUGGGGAUGGGAAGGGGAGUUAAAAUGUUUGGCAAUCGGGAUAUUGCGCACGCCAAGGAUGACUGAAUUCAGCUAAGCGAUUGCACAGCCUGCGCUUGAUCUUGCCGAUACAUAUAGGUCCAAUAUAGGAUAAACCACAGAUAAGUGGCUUUCUCUUUGGACAAUGUCCACACUUGUUCAUGGCAUAUGUUACCGCACAACAGAUACAUUUACCAGACAGUAUGCUCCAUAAGUUAUAACAGCAGAAUUAGGCCAUUCGGCCCAUCAAGUCUUCUCCGCCAUUCAAUCAUGGCUGACCUAUCUUUCCUUCUCAACCCCAUUCUGCCUUCACCCCAUAACCCCUGACACCUGUACUAAUCAAGAAUCUAUCUGUCUCUGACUUUAAAAUAUCCAUGGAUGGCCUGCACAGCCUUCUGUGGCAAUGAACUCCACAGACUCACCACCCUUGACUAAAGAAAUUCCUUCUCAUCUUCCUUCUAAAGGUACGUCCUUUUAUUCUGAGGCUAUGGCCUCAGGUCCUAAACUCUCCCACGAAUGGAAACAUCUUCACAUUCACUUUAUUCAGGCCUUUCACUAUUCUGAACAUUUCAAUUAGGUGUUUCCCACCCCCCCCCCUCAUCCUUCUAAACUUCAGUGAGUAAAGAGGCCGGUGAUGUCAAACGCUCCUCAUAUCAUUCCUGUAAACCUCCUCAACUGUCUCCAAUGCCAACACAUCCUUCCUCAGAUAUGGGGCCCAAACACUGCUCACAAUGAUGCUUUACUAUUUCCAAACAUUAAACAAGACCCCAUAUUUUGCUUGGGAAGCUUACAACCCAGCGGUAUAGAAUAUUGAUUUCUCUAACUUCAAGUAACCCAUGCAUCCCCUCUCUCUCCACCCCUCCCCCACCCUAGUCGUUGUACUAGUUUCACUGUCGUUUCAACUCGUUUUACAAGAUACAAGAUACAAUUUAUUUGUCACCUUUUUCACCUAGCCCUUAGCUAACAAUGGUCCGUUCCCUUAAUCACUGUUACUUUUUUGCAUUCAUUUGUUCUAUAUCUCUCUCUAUAUAUCACCGUCUAUAUCUCUCAUUUCCCUUACCCCCUGACUCUCAGUCUGAAGAAGGGUUCGACCCGAAAAGUCACCUAUUCCUUUUCUCCAGAGAUGCUGCCUGACCUGCUGAGUUACCCCAGUUCUCUUGUGCUAUCUUCGCAAUUAAAUGUUAUGCUCACUUAUGUUAGUAAAAA